AUGGAUUCUUCCGCUCGGGAGCCAACCACCGCCAGAAGAAAUCCGUCGCGCAAGGUCAUUACAAGCAACGCCGUGUUCUCCGUUCCCAUUCCGUCCGUCUAUCCGCCCGUCGACAAGAAAUACAAAGUCUACGAUAUCAAUUCCAAGGAUGCCUUCGUCUUGUUUCCGAAGCUUCCACCAGAACUACGUCGAAUGAUAUGGCGAUGCACCUAUUGUGACCCCAAGAUCGUGACAAUAUUUAAUUCUGGUAGCGAUGAGCACCCUAAGGUCGAGGCCUCCUACGACGUGCCAGUCGCGCUUCGAAUUAAUUUCGAGUCUCGGGAAUACGCGAUUCAGUGUCACCAGUUGGCCUUCGCAAACAAUCUCGGCGGAAACCCUGUGUACUUCAAGUGUCCAUCCGACGCUUUGGUUAUCGACGGUACCAGCGCUAUGAGAGAAUUCAUCAAGAUGAAGUUUCAAUCCAUCAACGGUAUCCCAAGAUGGGCUAUCGAGCAACCUUUGCAAGAGAAAAUCCUGGUACUGGGACUUUACAAUAUACGCAAAUCCUUUAUACCUUGCUUCUUAUUGGGACAACCACUUCACAUAGUCGUCCUGCGUAAGUCAGGUCCCGCCCCUCGGCGCCAUGUCGAAUGGGUUGAAGCGCAGAAGAGAAAACUCGUGGAGGGAGAAAGACGGCGAUCUCUGUUCCUUGGCAGAUUGCCUCGUCCCCUGGUUUUGCAUAUCGAGCCCUUGAACUGGAAGCAGCUGCAGCAGAAGAUCGACGAUCUUGCUUUCCCUCCACCUCCCACUGCUGUCGAUAGUCAGACUCUUCCACGUGUGAAGUACCAUCGCAAAUUCGCCGUUCGCAAGCCUAAAGCCGCAAAGGGAAUUAUCUUUCCAACUCGUCGUUCAUUACGAGCUAGAAAGGAGCUUUGA